CCGGCGUUGCCAUGACAGACGGCGCCGGGGCCGCAGCCAGGCAAGUGGCCUCGUUCUCCCCCCCUCUGCUUUCCCCUCAGGCUGCGCCAGCUUCCCCCAGCAUCCCUCCCUCCAGGCCGCCGCGACGGGCGGCUUUGUCCACGGCCCGGCUCGGCCGGGACCCCUCCGGGGCCCAUCGUGGCGGAGCGGCCGGGGCCGGGGCCGGCGGGAGGAAGGAACGGGCCCACGCUAAUGCCACGAAAUCGCUACGGUAUCGGAGGUGGGAGUAGCGUCGGUCUUUGCCGCUUGUCCCACCCGUCGUUGCCUCGCUUCCCGUCCCGGCAGCGGCCUGGGGAUUACUUAAGCUCAGAACAUCGUUGCUGUGACUAGCACGCUUGUGCAGGAUGCCACACAAGAUUGGGUUCAUAGUUGUUAGAUCAUCGGGGCACGAAGACGGCUUCAGCGCGAAAGAGCUGAUGGUUCAUGCACCAACAGUGAAUGGAUGGAGAUCACCCAGACUCUGCCAGUAUCCACAGGAAAUUGUUCUGCAGAUGGUGGAGAGGUGUCGGAUACGAAAGCUGCAGUUGCUUGCUCACCAGUACAUGAUUUCAAGCAAAAUUGAGUUCUACAUCAGUGAAAGCUUGCCUGAGUACUUUGCUCCUUAUCAGUCACAGAGGUUUCACAGACUAGGUUACGUUGCUCUCUCGGACAACGAAAAGACUGGUUUCGAAGCACGGGAGUUAAAAUCUGUGUAUAUAGAUGCGGUUGGACAGUACCUGAAGCUGAUUUUCCAUAAAAAUUACGUCAAUAAAUACAACCUGUAUGGUCAGGUUGCCCUAGUAGCCAUAAACAUUAUUGGAGAUCCAGCAGACUACAGUAAUGACAGCAAUAACACUCCUUCCAGAGAGAAGCUGAUAGACCACUACUUAGGAAUUAAAUCAGAUGAUCCUGCCUUAGAUGGAACUUACCUGGGGAAGCCUGACUCCAUUUCACCUCUGGAUGAUCUGGCUUUUGACAUGUACCAGGACCCAGAGGUUGCUCAGAUUAUACGUAGGCUGGAUGAGAAGAAGCGCGAAGCCGUCCGUCACGAACACUACGACCACGCCAAGAAGCUCAAACAGGCCAUUGCAGACUUGCAGAAGGUAGGGGAGCGACUGGGCCGGUACGAGGUAGAGAAGCGCUACGCUGUAGAGAAAGAGGAUUAUGAUCUUGCCAAGAAGAAGAAAGAGCAGAUGGAAAUGUACCGCCUGAAGGUGUAUCAGCAGCUGGAGCUCCACGACCUCCUGGAUGCAGAGCUGAUGAUUCGAAAGCCAGCUGAGUUGCCUUCGGAGCCCGCAGUUUGUACUGACAGUCCUCAGCGCACAAGAGCUGCAAAUUCCCCUCCUGGUGAGCACACAGAGCCACAGAAAGGAGAGCCAUGGAGAGCAGAGCCUUUGCUGGAAGAGAAGUCAGCAGAUGCCACUUCUGCUGAGCCCGUUGCUCCCCAUCAGUCCCCUUCUCCUCCCAAGCCUCAUCCCACACCCGCCAGGGAAGAGUUUUCCAAAGAAAAUGUUGAAUUUUUGCCUUACGACGAGAGGCCUCUUCCAGCUGCCCGUAAGCAGCCUGACGAAGCACUGGUGUGCCUGGAGCCAGAGGUGGCUGGAGAGCACGUCGGUGGCACUCAGAGUAGUGGCAUCACUGGUGAACCAGAACCAUUGACUGAGAAGGCCCUGAGGGAGGCCAGCCCUGCUGUUGAAGUCUUUGGAGAGGCUUUGGUUUCGGGAGCGUACUCCAAAACUUGGUCCUAUCGAGAAGAUGCCUUACUGGCUGUGUAUAAGAAGCUGAUGGAAAUGUCAGUAAAUGCUCCAAAAGAUGAUUUAAAGAACAUGCUGAGGGCUGCCAUUUUUCUUGUAAGGAGAGCCAUCAAAGACAUAGUGUCUUCUGUUUUUCACGCUUCCCUGAAACUUUUAAAAAUGAUUAUUACCCAAUAUAUACCAAAACAUAAACUAGGAAAACUAGAAACUUCUCAUUGUGUGGAAAAAACACUUCCAAAUUUGCUUUCUAGAACAGGAGACUCUUCAUCCCGCCUUCGCCUUGUGGCUUCUCACUUUAUUCAGGAAAUGGCACUGUGCAGUGAAGUUAAACCUCUUCAGAUCAUUCCAGUUCAUUUGGUUCAACCCUUAAAACCAAACUCCCCGACACACCUGGCAAUGAGUCAGGUGGAAUUAGUGGAGUGCCUCGUGAAAGACAUGGGAACGGAAAACUCUGGAUUUACCAUCAGCAAUGUCAUGAAGUUUGCCACAGGAGCUCUGGAGCACAGAGUCUGUGAGGUUCGUGAUGCAGCGUUGCGGAUUAUCUUUGCUCUGUACAGGCAGCACCAGGCUGCUGUGCUGGAAUUCCUGCCCCCAGAAGAUGCCAACAUCCGCAGGACUGUUCUCUAUAAAACCCUGUUUGAUGGGUUUGCUAAAAUAGAUGGGAGACUUUCCGAAGCUGAGAGUAGGACACAGGGAAGGGCAGCAACAGCAGAAACGGAGACACAGAAGAAGGAAGAAAUAAAAGUUCUGCAAGGUCAACUGGCAGCUCUAAAGGAGAUACAAGCAGAAGUUCAGGCUGGAAAGGAGGAAGAGUCUGAUUUUCAGAAGCCAAAGAAUCGAGGUUAUCAGGUAAAGGAAAGCCCACAGCCUGCAGCAGCAGUGAUUCCACAUGAUCAUUCCUCGGUUGCAAAUUACUUGGAUAACUUGUGUAUUUUUUGUGGUGAAAGGGAUGAAUCCUUCACAGAGGAGGGACUUGAUCUCCAUUACUGGAAACACUGCCCCAUGUUAACCCAGUGUGAGCACUGCAAACAGGUGCUGGAAAUAGCCAGCCUGACAGAGCACCUGUUGACUGAUUGUGACAAAAAGGACAGCUUUGGGAAAUGUCAGCGGUGCAGUGAGGCCCUUCCGAAAGAUGAGUUGCCCAAACACAUUAAGAGCAAGACCUGCAAUCCUGCCAAACCAGAAAAUGUAGCGAACCAUUGCCCGUUGUGCCAUGACAACUUUUCCCCAGGAGAGGAGGCCUGGAAGUCUCACCUAAUGGGCAAAGAGGGCUGUAAAAUGAAUCAGCGGAGGUUAUACCCAAUGAAUAAAACUCUUGUGGUGCAGCCUGGCAAAAUAGGUGGCCAGUAUUUAAGGAAACCAGGUCCUUCGGGAGCAAAAGCUCAACCUCCUUCUGUAGGCAGCAAAAUCCCAACUCCAAGAGGUGGCCCCAAUAAAAGCCCUGGCAAAACAUACUCAAAGCGAUGACAGGACAAGUAUUUUUCCCCUUGUUUUAAUAACUGGGCACAACAGUAGUUCACAGUUACUGAAGAAUUGUGAGCAACUCCUGUCUUCUUUUUUGUUUGACCACCUGGGGCUGUUUAUUGGCCUUCAGCAGCACUUGCCUGCUCUGGUAACUUCUGUAUUAGCUGUAUGUGCAGCACUGUGCGUUCCUCCUAGAAAUGCUCAUCCUAGAAACAUACAUAUAUACAUAUAUUAGGAAUAUAUAUAUAUAUUAACAAGUAUGUAUGCAUUUUUACUUCUACUAUAGUGGCCCAGGUUCCUAAUUGAGACCCUGGUUCCUUAUGUGAGCGUGAUAACAGCUGCUUUUGCCCAGGCUCAUGAGCUGUUGCCCAUAGAGUUUGUUCCUGUUGGACAUCAAACUGUGAGCUCUCUGUCGUGCAAGGUUAAGGAAGAAAACCCAUGUGCAGAGGUCCUCCAUGUGCUCUGGACUGGCCAGCACAGCGAGCAUGUUGAACUGGGAAAUACGGAGCUCUGCUGCUUCUCAACUGUGGCAUUUAAACCCGGUUGAGCAAAGUGCAACUAAAAUAAUGUGUUAAAUCCUGCAGGUAGCAGGAUGUGUGCUUUCUAUUUUAUAACAUUAUGGGAGAACCUUUUCAAAUGUGAUUUUUAUAUUUGAAAAAAAACAUAAUUGAGACUCCUGAGCAUAGUGGUACCAGCUCUGGAACCUUUAAAGGCUGGUUUCACUGGGCUGCCUCCCUUCACUUAACCUGUGUUUUCUGCAGUGGCAAAAUAACCACUGGUGUGAAAAACCCAGUGGGAUUUGUUCCUGUGCUGGGAAGUCUUGAGCAAAAUAUCAUGGAGCAGAAAUGCUGUGCAGGUGGAGGUCAGGCUGAGGGAAAGGACUGUUUCAACCUGUUGGGCUGGAAAGCUUACAUCAGCAAUGACGGUGCAUCGGUGUUAGAGAAAGGAAGGACAGUGCUCUUAUUGCACGGGCGUUUUUCUGUAUGAUCUCUCUCUGUGCCGUACCUGAAUGUCAACCAAGUUGUUUUCAUCUAUGCAAACUGCAGCCAGCAAAUCCCAAGGGACCGCUUUUACAUUAAGGAGCCAUUUGUAGAGAUCACACAGUUCCCAAGUACUGGAUAAGCAGAGAAGGGAUUUAAUCCUAGAGCACAACUCGCUGCUGGUAGAGCUGUAAGUUAUUUCAAUUGCACAUAUUUAAUAAAUCUGUU